GUUGUCGAUGAAACAAGUAAGGAUGAAAGAACAAUAUACCGACAUUAUGGGCGUGCACCAGCUGGUCAGCGCGCUACUAUCUCUGCAAACUUUGUACGAGGUGAACGGUACAGUUUGGUAGCAGCCAUGAGCACAGAGGGAUAUGAGGCAUGUCGAGUUGUACCAGGUUCUGUUGAU